AUGCCCUCAGUAUGCGACAAUAACAGCAACAGUGCAAAAUUCUGGCUGGAGUUUCAAGUCUUCAGCGAUGGUUUAGAGCCCCAACAAUUACCACCACCACAACGAUCACCUCCGUGGCCGCAGGGUGGCAAUCAUGUCAUUCACCCCGCGCAGGACACCUUCACGUGUUUCGCCGAUCUUCCCACCGAACUGAGGCUGAGGAUCUGGGAGCACCUGAUCCAGCCACGGAUCGUCAUUGCAGCGUGUUUUGAGGCUGAUGAGGCUGCGCUGCAAAAGAAGAGGAAGCAGCUCACCUCGCGGCCACGGCGGCCGGCCGUGCCCGUGGUGCUGCACAUCAACCGCGAGGCGCGCGAGUUAGGACUGAAGCACUACGACCUGACGUUCGCGUGGAAGACGCCGCCGAUGCUGGUGACGCCGCCGGUCGAGUGCGCGCCGCGCGUGUACUUCAACUUUGCGGCGGACGCGCUCUUCCUGAUGGGCGAGCUGGAGCCGUACGACGGCGACGGCUUCAACCGGCCGAUGGUGUACUUCCUGCGCAAGGAGGACACGCGCCGCGUGCGGCACAUUGCCUGCGCCUUCGAGGAGCUGCACUACCCGGAGCUCGAGUCGGAGCAGAUCUUUGGCUGCCUGUUCCACAUCGUGGACCGCUUCCCCGGCGCGCAGAGGCUGCUGAUCACGAGCACGCCGCAGGACCUCGAGGCGAACCCGGUGCGGUUGCCCUCGACUGACAACAUUAUUCAGAAGAUAUGGCACGGCUGGAUCGGGGGCACCUCCAUUGUGACAUCGUCGCUUGCCAACACGCAGAUUCUCAUGGUUAGUGAGGACGGAUUAGCGGAUUUCAUCGCGGCGCAUAGCUAG